CUGAAAAAUCCAACCCGAAGCCAAGUGGAGUCGUCGGGGGAAAUCGAAUAGGUGGUGGCGUUGUUGCUAGUACUAGUGCUGUCUCCCUGGCUGGUCAAAAUUCUGGUUCUGGUAGCACUGGAAACUCAGACUGUGCUAGCGGAGGAGGAGGCCUUAGAAGGGACGGCGUAAAUUCUAGGAUUCCCAAUUCGAAUACCCUUUACGCGCAGGCUGCUGUGUCCACAAGCUACAAGCGCGGCUGCCUGAACGUGCAAAUGAAUCGAAAUAACUUGAGUCAUCGUGAAACCAGUAACGUCUUCAAACGGCCUACCAACACUUCUGCCCAGUCGUUUUGCUCCAUCUUUUCCCCUUCCGCCUGUCCCACCGGCACUGGAUCAGGGCCCAUUUCCAGCAGCAAUCACUGUGGAAGCAGCGGCGGUGGUUUCCGUGGCGUCAUGACAGGAUGCAACUUCUCUGCUUGUGGGUUGCCUUGUCUACCAGAUACAGCAGGACUGACCACCAAUGCUAUGGUCACAGCCUCUUUGACUAAUGCUUCAGCCGCCGCGGCAGCAGCUUCUAUGGUAGCUUUCGUAUCGGCUGCAUCAGAUGCAGCAAUACCUGGCGGAGUCAGCGGCAACCCUAAUGGUAUCAGCGCUUCCGGCAUGGCUUGCAGAACCACGGAGUCUGUAUGUGGGCAAGCCGGCCCGAUAGGCAUGGCAAGCCAGCUGCUGGGCGAAGAUAACUGGCCUCUGGGACUGACUGACGUAGGCCUUGGCUCCUGCACACCUCGAGGAGUAGGAAUGCUCUUCGGAACUGAGGAAGGAGGUAAAGUAUUGUUUUUCAUCGCAGCAUAG